AACAAACUCGACUGUAGAUACACCGAUUUAAAGUGUUUGUGGAAAUCCCUUAUUUAAUAAUAUUAUUUGAGUGCUUAUACCUUUCUUUAGAUUCUCGUUACUUUCAAAUACUUUUACUUUACUCGUAAAUAUUACUCAUCUCUAACUUUUUUAUGAAAAUAUUUUUAUUGAAAAUAGUUUGGAAUUGAUUUUAAUGUAAAUAAAGCACAUCAUAUAUAGAAUGUUUCGCACAUUUAAGAAACUAAGUACAUUGGAGUGCUUAUCAAUGCAAAUACUACCAAUGCAAAUCAACUUGAUCCCGUUUUCAACCAUAGCAACCACAAAGUCAAUCAAUUCAAAGCUUCAUAUGAUAAAAGACGUGCCACAAUCUGACGUGCCAAAACAUUCUCGCAUAUGGAAUGAACAAGAAAAAACUAAAUUUAAAGCGUCUUGGGUCCCGAGCCCUUAUCCAAAUACGGGCAACAUUUUAAAUAAAUAUAAAAAACUUUCGAAGUUUCGUCUCACGUCGUUAGUGGUAAUAACAACAAUGGGUGGCUAUGUUAUGGCACCAGCAAGUUUUGAUGCAACCUCAUUUGUUAUGUGCACAUUAGGAACUGGUUUGGUUUCAGCAGCGGCGAAUGCUGUUAAUCAAUAUCACGAAGUUCCAUUUGAUUCUCAAAUGUCGAGAACAAAAAACCGUGUACUGGUUACUGGUCAAAUAACCCCACUUAAUGCCCUCGGUUUCGCAGUAGUAUCAGCGACAACAGGAUUAUGUUUGUUAUAUUUUGGAGUUAAUGGUCUUACAGCUGCAUUGGGUGCUGGAAACCUCUUUCUUUACACAUCUAUCUAUACUCCAAUGAAGCGAAUUAGUAUUGCCAACACAUGGGUAGGCUCAAUCGUCGGGGCAAUCCCUCCUCUGAUGGGAUGGUCUGGUUGUACAGGGACUCUCGAUACAGGCGCUAUGAUUCUUGCAGGAGUUUUGUACGCUUGGCAGUUUCCCCAUUUUAAUGCUCUUUCAUGGAACCUACGUCCGGAUUAUUCACGAGCCGGUUAUCGAAUGAUGGCUGUCAUCGAUCCAGCUCUAUGCCGUCGCACUGCAUUGCGAUAUGCUUUAGUUAUUUGUGGGAUGAGUUUGGCAGCUCCAUUUUUUAACAUUACUAAUUAUUGGUUUGUUUUGGAAUCAUUGCCAUUAAACAUAUACUUAUGUUAUCUUGCUUAUAAAUUUUAUCAGAAAUCUGAUAGUGGAAGUUCUCGGAGGCUAUUUCGAUUUUCAUUGAUUCAUCUACCAGCUCUUAUGCUAUUGUUCUUGGCGAAUAAAAAAAAAUGGUAUUUUAAUAAUACUAUAGACGAUAAUCUUGUGAACAAUGAGGAGACUUAUAUACCCCUCAUUCCCAAAACGCAAUCAAUCUCAGUGAAAAACGUAAUAUCAGUUCCGGUUACAGUUAGUGGAAGUUGAUCUAGAAGCUAAUUUAUUAAUAUAGUAUAAUAUUGCAAUUCCUUACGAACGCAAUAAAAGAUAUUCGUUGUUUCGUUGUAAUGAAAUAUAUACAGUGAAACAAAAAAGUAUUGGCACACAUGGAAAAUCAAACUUCUAAGAGCUGAACACAGCUAUAAAUAAAUGAACAACUGUAUUUAUCAAAACCGUAUAUUCUAAAAAUAUUUAACGAAAAAAAAAAUUAAUUUCUAACCGCCUGCAAACGUCUCUUCAUGCUAAUUAUUAGCAUUGACGUUUCAUAAGUAUGAUUUUGGCCCAUCCAGCGAGUAGGGCAUCUUUUGAUGAUAUCGGAUCUUUCUUUCUAAUAGGUGCCACACAUGCUCGAUGGAAUUAAAAUCCGGUGAUUGGGCCGGCGUUUUGAACUGCUUGCAAUGGUAUAUGAGCCACUCCUGCUCAAAAUAAGACGAAUGUUUUGAGUUAUUAUUAUCACGCACAGAAAACUUAAUUGUUUAAUAAUAAUUUCUUUUGGAUAUACCAUCUUCAUGAUACUUUCUGAUCCUAAUUAUAAUAAUAUAAUGCGCGCAUUUUUCAAAGCA